AUGACAGGCUGGAGCUGCCUUGUGACAGGAGCAGGAGGGUUUUUGGGACAGAAGAUCAUCCACCUCUUGGUGGAGGAGAAAGAGCUGAAGGAGAUCAGGGCCUUGGACAAGGCCUUCAGACUGGAAUUGAAGAAGGAAUUUUCUGAGCUCCAGAACAAGACCAAGCUGACGGUGCUGGAAGGAGAUAUUCUGGAUGAGUCAUGCCUGAAGAGAGCCUGCCAGGGCAUGUUGGUCAUCAUCCACACCGCCUCUAUCAUAGACGUCAUUGGUGUCACUCACAGAGAGUCCAUCAUGAACAUCAAUGUGAAAGGUGCCCAGCUACUGUUGGAGGCCUGUGUCCAAGCUAGUGUGCCAAUCUUCAUCCACACCAGUACCCUAGAGUUAGCCAGGCCCAAUUCCUACAAGGAAAUCAUCCAGAACAGCCACGAAGAAGAGCCUCUGGAAAACACACGGUCCGCUCCAUACCCACACAGCAAAAAGCUUGCUGAGAAGGCUGUGCUGGCGGCUAAUGGGUGGACUCUGAAAAAUGGUGGCACCUUGUACACUUGUGCCUUAAGACCAAAGUUUAUCUAUGGGGAAGGAAGCCCAAUCCUUUCUGCCAGUAUAAAUGAGGCCCUAAACAACAAUGGGAUCCUGUCAAGUUUCAGCAAGUUCUCCAGAGUCAACCCCGUCUAUAUUGGCAAUGUGGCCUGGGCCCACAUUUUGGCCUUGAGAGCCCUGCGGGACCCCAAGAAGGCCCCAAGUGUCCGAGGACAGUUCUACUACAUCUCAGAUGACACGCCUCACCAAAGCUAUAAUAACCUUAGUUAUACCCUGAGCAAAGAGUUCGGCCUCCGCCUUGAUUCCAGUUGGAGGCUUCCUUUAUCCCUGAUGUACUGGAUUGGCUUCCUGCUGGAAACAGUGAGCCUCCUGCUCAGGCCAAUUUACACCUAUCGACCACCCUUCAACCACAGAAUGACAUUGUCAAAUAGCAUGUUCACCUUCUUUUACAAGAAGGCUCAGCAAGAUCUGGCAUAUAAGCCACUUUACAGCUGGGAAGAAGCCAAGAAGAAUGUACCCGAGUCUGUUAAAACCGUGGAGUGGGUUGGUUCCUUUGUGGACUGGCACAAGGAGACCAUGAAGUCCAAGACUCAGCGAUUUAAGGAUGACAGAGAUGUGCAUGUGGGUAUUGUUAGGUGA